ACGCGGGAAGGUGUCAACUCCAGUGCGUCAAGGUUUCGCGGAUUCUUGUAUAUCUGAGCAGAGCGGUUCUUCCUCCCAGCGUUUUAAACCGCUUUUUACUUCUUUCAAGGAAAAUCGAAGCAAGGUUAGCUAAGUGAGCUGCAUUAGGUGUUUGGACGACAUUUCUUGCCAUGGAUGGGGAACAGAGAUCUCGUAAUGGCUUUCCUGGGAAACCGCGACCAUUGGGGCGCGGGCGUGAGGUAAGAUGGCAAAGUUUUUAACAGUGGUUUGCAAGAAAGAAGUGUCUCUCACUUUGAAUAAAACUUUCCCUAGGUUUUAAAGUAGAGCAGUAUUUCGUAUUAUUAAUUUUGGCCUACAUGCUUUUAAUUUGGGUCUGGAACUUUGCAUCUUAUAUUUGUCAUUCGCAGCUGUCCCUCUGUCAAAUUUUGAUAUCUGAUCUCAAGCAAAGGAUCUGUAUUUUGAAGAUAUCUGGCCUCUCAUGUCAAAGAUCAGUUUUCUUUUAAACUGAUGUUUCACCUUGCGCGUAAUGUUCGGCGGAGUAUUAGAUUAUUAUUAACCUUUGGGAAGUAAAGGAAUUCAUUUCAAACAAGCGAUUUGCCAGCUUAUCCCUUGUUACGCUUGUGUGUGUUUCUGUCACUAGGCGGUAAAUUCUUUUCCUGCACGAUAUGUUUUAAUACAGUUUCUGCCAGCUCUUGGCCAUCUUUUCAUUGAAACCCUGGUGAAUGUUAAAGUUAAACUCUAUUCCUUUUACACGGGAGUUAGGCCUGUAUCCUACGAAUUUUACUUUACAAGUUUAUCUUUUCAGAACUGCGGUCUUUACCCUGCGAGCAGAGGCCCUUCGAUCUUCCUAGAUAAGUCUACUUAUCUAGGAAGAUCGAAGGGCCUCUGCUCGCAGGGUAUGCGGUCUUUAGAUUGCCUAAAAAAAUUUAGCAUGAAAAAGGGCGUAUUUCUGAAGAGUAAUUUGCAGUACACUACACCCAUAAUUUGAGGGGCAGAGUUGCCAAGUCAGAUGUCUCACGUCAACAUACUUUGCUCUUUGUUUGUGGAGGUCAAGAGGUGAAGCUGGAACCCAGUGGGGCAGGGGGGAGGGGGGGGAGUUACUCCCAUAAGUAGGCACCACGUUUAUGUGCCGCCAAACAAGGUACAAUGUUUUUUUUUUUUGGCCUCUUUGACCCAUCCUUUAUCUGUGGAAAACAGGUACAUGCAUAGUUUACUUAAGUUUGAUUCUGGAACAGGGUUGGUUUUUCCCCAUAAUCCUUGAUUAUUUUCUAUCAAGGUUAAAUGAAUUCCAAGGUAAAAAAACUUGAUGUAAACAAGGAAUUAAUAAAUUAAUGUAUAAUAAUAAUAAUGCGUAUUGCCUGAACACAUCUUUUUUCUUAUUGCCUGGAACAGGAUCCCAUUUUCACAAUAAAUAUUGCCUAGAAUCAGGGUCACAAAUUCAUCUAUUUCUGACUGCAGCAGGUUCAGAGUCUCAAAGGCUCAGCGGCAAACUCCUGUAAUAUAUCCCCUGAGCAGGUGAAGGCUGAAAGGGCUUUGGCCCAACCCCUACUUUUUGCUUUUUGAUGUGGCCAUAAAAACAGUUUGUUAAUUUUACAUUAAUUGGAUGUCAGGUUUAUUUCUUGGCAAACAUGUUAUUGGGAGUCGGAAUAGUCUGUAUGGAUUGUAGGAAGAUACUAGAGGAUGGAUUCUAUAAAGAUAACUAGGGUGGUACGGUGACAUUCUGACUUAGUGGUGGUGGUCAGUAUGGUGCUUAUAAUCACAUGUGUCCACAAUAAUUUGCUGUUUGAAAUGUUAGUCUAACUUCUCUACAAGUUUGCACUGGAGAGCACUAUCCUGAAACUUGAUUUCUUUGUCUUUUGGAUCCUUUGUAAAUAUACAAUAAACAGCAGGUUUUUCUUACUAGCACCUACAUUUACUGUGCAUGGUCCAUGUCCUAGUCAUGAUCAUGAUGAUAAAUAAUGAUAAAUCCGAUGAUAAAUAAUGCUCUUAUAUUACCAGAACUGUAUGCAGUAUUAAUUCAGUAAACCUUUUAUGAGUGUAAUUACAAGUAUAGGUAUUGUUUUCAGACUCUAAAACAAUGGCUACAUUGUAAAUUGCACAGGGAAAAGUUUUAUUAACCCCUGAUUUCUACUGUUCCUUGAUUGUUUUAUUCUAGGGAGGCAAUGCGAGUGUCUUACUAGUAGUUUAUUAUUUCUGCCAUUAGUAGUCCCAUAACCUAGUUUCAUUUUCAUUCAUCUACAGAAUUCCUGGUCCAGCCCAACUGGAAACUCGAGGCCAAGUCCUCCAAGGUACAUUUAGUUUUUGGGAGAAAUUUGAUGUCUUUGGAGAAUUUCCUUCACUUAUUUGCUCUUGAUUGCAUAUUUUGUUUCAAGGUAAAUCAGCUGUAUAAGCUGAACAUCAGUUUCUUGAUAUUAAUUUCUUGGUGCUUGUUUUGUCUGCAUGUUUGGAUUUUUUUUGUUAAUCAUUUUGUAAGUCAAUGUUCAUUCUUGUAUUUUGUAGAAGUCCACUGCUGCCCAAAUCACCGGUCAGUUCUUCUUCUCCUUGGAAUAGUAACUCCAGUACUCGCGGGCCAAGAAGAGGCUCCUUUGAAGGUGGGUUGUUGUUGACUGCCUGAUCUCCCUGAUUAAUUUUUUUUAUUAAAAGUUGACACCCUGUUACCGACACCAGUGUACUCUAAGACAGUACAGUACCCACCUUCAAGGAAAAUUUACAAGCUGACUUUCAAACCAACUUUCUCAUUGUACUCAACCUUGGGCACCCCUCUACUUUAAAAAAUAGUGAAAACCCUGUGUAUGCAUGUGACUGAGUCAAUACGAUACUGAAGGGCCAGAAGCAAUUUUUUUAUCUGGCAUUUCCGUGAAUCAAUGAAAAUUUACAAGUCACACUAGGAAGGUGAUAGGAUAACGUUAAAAUGUAUUUAAUAAGUUGAGUCACAAUUCCCUGCAUAGUAAUAAUUGCUUGCACCUGGCAACUUGAAAUCUUAGAGUCAGCCCUGAUUGGGUUUUCUGUUUAGGAUCUUUGCUGUGACCUACAUGCAUGUAUUGUUUUCUUGCUCACAGAUGGCGUAGAUGCACAACCAUCAAGUCCUCGAGUUGUAAAUGGAGAGUAUCCAGAGGUAGGAGUGGUCAUAUUUGAAGUAUCAAAAAAAUAAUCAUGUAAUUGUUGUGUUUUGAAAUCAAAUUGACACCUACUGCAAAACUGAGGCUUUAUUCAGGAUCACAUGUCCUGUGUCUAUGGGGUUGUCCAUACUGCACUUGGAUCGUGAUCAAUAGUCCCAAUUACUGUGUACAUGGUUGUGCCAUUUCGCCCUACCAGAUGCCAUUUUUGAAACUUAAGCUUAGCAGGGAGGACAAAGCUAUUAAUUGACCCAGAAGUACAUGAAACAAAAGCUGUGUGCAGACAGGGACCUGGUGCCCACUUUAGUGGUUGAGAACAAGAUCUUGACUUUGUAUUUGUGCACUUUGCCAGUGCUUGAAAACCUCAUGUGGAGGACAGUUGGGCCUUUGAACUCCAGGAAACCUCAUGUUUAAAACUCCAUUUUCACCGAUCACAUUGAGAAAGCUGUUCUCACAACUUCAGGAUUACUUUUCUGAGUAAAUUUUGGGAAGGAAUGAGCUAAGCCUCUCCAAGGGCAUGAAAGGAUAUCUAGUUGAUCAGAUGCUGGUGUUUUCAAGCUUAAAAAUUCAGUAGUUCGGCAUCAGUUCCAGCUGGAACUGGAGUGGUCGUUUUGCCGGUGGCUAAUUUUUCCUUAUUUCAAAAACAAAUAACACUUUAAACAGCUUGGGACAGCAGGAAAAUAUGACAUGUCGCUCAGUUAACAUACAUGUAUCUUUUAAAAUCUUAUUGAAGCAUUAAAUGUUUAGAUUUAUUUUUUGUAUUUAGGGGCAAAUUGAAGCUCCGGUAAUAUUCCCCUGAAUUUCUUCUACAAAGUACAAACGAUCGAUGCUCAGAUUUCAACAACAACCACGACCACACAGAGGGUGGUCUGUCUGUUGUCCUUCCCAUCACACAGCUCAGUGAGGUUACCACCCUCUAAAACUAGUAAUCUCUGAUCUCUAUAAUGCGGUCUAGGAGUGAAAGGGUUUAAGUCAAUUUUUAAAGAUGGCAAGAUUAUGCCAAUUUCAUGUCUACGUACAUGUAGAUGUUGCAACCACCUCUGAUCAGUACUGCAAUAAUUUAUUCACAUCACACUUUGCAAAAACUCUUAUGCAUAAUGCUUUCAUUUAAUAUACAGAUGUGAUACAUGUAAAUUUUUCCAGCUGUUUUGUUAUUGUUGCAUAGCUUUCAGUCACAGGCAAAUCCAGUUUUGCAGCUUGCAUAAUAUAUUAUUUACUUGCAUGUUAAAGUUGGAAAAUAAAGAGAUUUGGCUGAUUUUCCAGGAGCAAGUGUUUGUUACCCAUGUUGAAAGUCCUGUCAUGUUUUGGGCCCAGGUAAAGUACAUUGUACAGUGUAGCUAGGGUAAUACAAAUGUUUUACAUAUGUAUCUAUCAAGAAUAAGUAGUAGUCAUAAUCAUUAAUCAAUUUUGUUUGCACACUUCAAGGUAGAAUGCAGACUUACCAUUUUAACUAGUACUUGCUAUCCUUUUAUAAAUCCACCCAUAUAGAAGUUUGUUACUGUUCAGUGAACAUUGCAUUGCCCAGUGGAGGGUGGGUGCCUUGAAUGUUUCCCACGCUAACAAAAUGAGCACCUGUCACACUGACUAAUCUUUGGGGAUAAAAUAAGUGGAAAAAAAUUAAAGGGAUGGAGGGUGGUAGUAAACAUAAGGUCCAGUGGCUACCAUGAACACAGUGCCAAGAACUUGGAACUGAUACAACCAAUCAUACAAACUCAAUCUGGUAACUAAAUAAAUCAAACUUCUGUUUUAAGACUGCUGAUCAUAAAACAGCACAAUUGAUCCAAAAGAUGAGCGAGGACCUACAGGUGUACUGCAGGAACAAGCCCCUUCUACAGUCCACACCAUUCAUUGGCAAGGUAAAUGUUAAGGUUCAACUUUAUCCUUGAAUGAAGUUUUAUUUUCCUUUGUUUCAAGUUCAUUCUUUAUCAGUUCCAUACCCAGAAACACUAAACAAGAAAAUUUAAACCUAGAAUAUAAUUAUUGAACCAUAGUAUACAUUGCAAACAAUGUAAUAAUUUCCAGGGACUUCGAAACUUCGUUUGCACAUUGCUUUAUCGCGUGGUUAUUUCAGGAUAUUAAUAUAACCAACUUAACUCACACAUUAUAUGCAUGUGCCUGUACUGAUAGGUCACUUUCUUUUAAAUUUGUCCCAGGUUUAUGGAGGGGUGUACUCAGAGGAUAAAAAAUGGUAUCGUUGUCGAGUCAAAGAACUUGUUGGGGAGGAUAAGGUAUCUCCUCCUAACCAAUAAUUUACUUUUUUUUUCUAUGUUUGCGAGUGGAUGGAAUUCUUCAAAGUGAUCCUGAUUACUUCCAGGAGCUGCCUUUUCUGAUAAUUUAUUGACUCUGCUAACCUAGGCAGAAUCUUCUUGAUGUCUUCAUUCAUAAGUUAAUGUUGUUUGUGAAUGAGCAAAAGCUACAAUUUCAUGCCAUAUUGUUUUUACAUUGUGCUCUUAUACGCACUAGCUGUGUAGGAAACAGAUGAUUUUUAUCAUCCAGUGAAAAUAUCAAUCAAGCAAAUCAGCUGGAAAAACUGCUAAAUAAGUUUUAAAGGGCUGCAGUUAUACAUUGUUUAGAUGAUAUUUGUACUUGUUUUCUUUGUACAUGUAGUUCUCUUUUCCACUUUUGCAGUAAUCUAGAACCUCUAGUUUUUUAUUUUGUAUUUUAGACUGCUAGUUUUGAACUUUUGAAAUUAAGUUUUUCAUCAGUGAUUACAUUAUAAUUUAGCUUAGAAGCUUGAAUAAACAACGCAAUCAAAUCAUGGAUCUUGUGAGCCUGUCACACUCGCUUCCCAUUCUGCUUGUCAAGACUUGAGAGCUAAUCACUACAAUACCUGUCUAAUUGCAGACACAGGCAAGUGGUAAAAGUUAGUGUGAUGUCUAGGAGUUGAUCUAGUUGAAUGCAUAACAGGUCUCACAGACAGUCCAUAAUCAGUUUCUGAUUCAUUGGCUAUUAUCUCAUCACAGCCUCUGUCACUUCUUGUAUCAUCAACUCUAACCUCAGGUUCUGUUUCAACAGCAGGUGGUUUUGUCAACACAAUGGUGAGCCCAAAUUUGCCAUUGUCGUCUGCACAUCGUGGUUGUACAGCAGGUACUUUCGGUUCUUGGCAGCUCAGAUGUCAGUUUUCCACUUUUGUACUGCCAUGCCUGUCAGCUGACUCACUCAAGUAGGCUCUUUUGUCUAAUUGCUCAGCCAUCUUAUGUACACUUGGGAGCUUUGAUGGUCCUCUAUCUUUUUCUCUCCAUAUGGUUUGAUCUCUGGAAAGCACUCAAUGUUUACACUAAUGUAGCCUCAUUGGGUGAUGUUUUUGUUUUGCAAUGCCUGUCUUGCCUCUUUUUGGGAGCCUCAGAUUUCUUUGCCAGUCUCUCUGUGGUUCUUUGCUCAUUGAUGUGUGGUUCUCUUCCCUCAUCUGUGUCUGUGAUCUGGCUGCUUUGACCUUGGGUCUCUUCCAGUUUUACCAACCAGUCAAUCAGCUGCCACGGUUCCAUCCAAACAUCAAAUAGAAUGGGGAAUAGCCAGUCGUAGAAUGUGGUGUUGUGUUCUACGCAUAAUAGAGCUCCUUCAGAUGCGCAGGCAAUCUUUUUUCAGCAGGUAGGGUUUUCAGCAGCUCAUGCAAGGUGUGGUUGUAUCUCCCACAAUCUCCCCAAGUCCCAGCGGACUUUGUGGGACAUUCCAUAAAUCAUCAACCACUCUUGAAUGAGGGCCUUAGCAGUGUUCUGCUUAUCAGGUGGUAACUGGUAAAAUUUCCCACCUGAAGCAACACUUCUUACCGCCUGCAAUGGCCUGAAGGUUUACUAAAAUUAAAGAAGUACUUUCAAGAAAUACCCAAGUUGUGAUCUGAUCCGAUUCUCACAUGCCACAAGGAAAUGAAUGAAUAUAUGGACGGCAGAUUUGAGUAAAAAAAGGUCUUUAAAUGAGGGAAUGACUGCCUCGUACCCAGAUGUCUCUCUCUUGAUAGAAAUGCAAAAAACAAAGGGCCUGAGCAGGAGGCAGAGGGAAUGACGUUUCAGAGAUCUUAGCUCCUAAAUUUCCCAGCAAGGGUGGGGCCAUGUCCCACACUCCACUACCCCCUGCCCCCAGGAAAGUGCACUUCUGGUGCACAUUUUUUGCCUUACCAGCUAUGAAUGGCCCCUUACCUGCUGAGCUAAAAUUUAGGGAGAACACUGCCUUAGCCACCAUAACAGCUUUCUAUUGUCUGGUUGGGAUUGCUACCAUGAAUGUUGAACACAUCAGUCAGCACAAAGACAUUCUCUCGCCCAUCAUACAGUACACAGGUUCCUGUUGUAUAAUAGCUAUGGCUGGAACUUCAAAAUGGCUGGUGUCUUUGAGAGUUCUUGCCCACUCGAUAGGGUCCCUUUUGCUACCACACAUAACUCCCACUCCAAAACCCAGUGUUUGACUUCUGCAUGCAUCGCUGGCCACAAGCACUAUUGCCACACAUCUUGUUCUUUCUGACCCUUGGUGUCCAAAGUUGUUUGAGCUGCCUUUAGGACCUAACUUUGUGGAUUACUUACAUGUAGUAUUGGCUGUCAUCUUUUACACACAGUCCUAAACAGCAGAAAUCAUUCUCCACAAUGUAGUCCAAGUAGCUCACCAGUUGUGAGGCUUCUUGUGUAUCAUGUUUCCUUUCUUCUGAGUAGGGCUCUUUCUCAAGGUCCAGUUAAUAUUUCAGUCUUCCUUCUACUGCCUUCUUCUGUUGCAAUCCAGAAAUCCGAUCCUUCAGAGCUGAAGGGAAGGGAGGUUGCCUGCUGAGCACGUUGGUCUGCUGAUAUCCUCACUCCCAUUACUCUACACAGAUAGCAUCCUCAAGUAAUCCCAGCUGCACUUUCUCAGAUUCUCUGGUGGUAUCAGCCAUGUUGACGAGCUUCCCAGCAACAUGAGUGGUUUUCUCAUCAGUAUCUAUUGUGGCAUCAUCUGUAUUUUCAGUGUUGUUCUUGGAGUUGUGUCUGGCAGCUGAGUACUCUUACUUGAAAUUGAAACUCAUUAGUUCAGCUGCCCACUGUGUUGAAGUGCCUUCAGCUUGCUUUUGGACUGUAGGUGGGUUAGUGGGUGUACACCAUAACCUGGCACCUUUUCUUUCAUCCUAGUAGGUACACGUACUCCAGGAAUUUCUCUCCUACAGCCGACUUUAAUGCUAGAAGCUCCAACUUUAUGGAAGGGUAAUUUUUCAUCUUCAGCUUGCCAUCCUGCUUCCUAGUCCUGUAUCAGAUUCACCAGUUUCUUGCACUCUCUCUCCUGACUUACACUGCCUUUCUUCUUCCCCUUCCCCGUGAUCUUGGCCACCAGCUGAUAGAGUGAUGCUACUGUCUGUGUGAAGCCAGAGACGAAUCCUCAGUAGAAGAACCCUGAGAAUAACCUGGCAUCUUUCAGUGCUCUAGAAUUAUGCUGUCGUAAUGCUACAGCUGCCUUUGCUGAAUAUUUCACAUGACUUUGAAGAACUGACACUUCUCUGCCUCACUGUGGGGGCCAUGCUCCCUUAGCUUCUGAAGGACUCGCUUGAGCCAUGUUAGGUGGUCUGCAAUUCUGUCACUGUACAGAAUGAUGUCGUGCAGGUACAGUAGGAGAAUCUACAGAGGGCUUUGCAAUAAAUUGUCUGCACCAGUCUCUGAAGGAUGGCAGGUGCAGUACACAACCCAAAUGGCAUUCAAUAAAUAUUGUACUCACACAGGCCCCAUUAAGGUGGUGAACACUGUCUUAGGUUGUUCUUCUGGUUUUCCUGUACUUAGUAAACUGUAUCAGGGUCAUCGAAAGUAGCCAGCUGCCGGCGAAAAUUGCCGCCUACUUGGUUAGUAUCAGCCAGCUCCUCUGCUUGGUAAUUUUCUUUACAGAUGUUGUUGUGGAAAUAAAAUAUCCGUGGACUGGCCGCUUACUUUGACAACUCUGCCGUCUACUUCAAAACUUUCUGACAACCCUGCUGUAUACUGAUGACAGGUCGAUGUCUGAGAAGUAUGGUGCCGUGCCAAGUACAUCAAGUGAGUCAUCUAUCGUUGACAAGAGAUACAUAUCUUCCCUUCUCUUCACGAAAAGGGGUAGUAGUCCAUGCAUAGGCAGAGGGCUACAGACCUCUUGCAUACUGAUAUGAUCAGGGAUGCAUAGUUGCUCUUACCGGGUCCAAUAACCCCUUUCUCCUGUAACACCUGUAAAACUCUCCUUCACUUUACCAAGAACAAAUCGGAAAACUCCCAAGAAUCCCCUUGGCCUCUCAUUAUCAGAAAAGUUCUCCAGGAACACUCCUUCAAGUAGAGUUUCAGUGUGUUGUCACUGUUAAGCUCUGCUAUGGGUUUGUGAAGAUACCUCUUGGCAGUGUAAGUCAAGAGGAGAGUGCCUCCCACAGCCUGUGCCAGCUGCUGCCUUGUAAUUUCUGCUGCUGGACUGUACCAUGGUAUGUCCUACGCAUCAGGGUGACACCUCAAUUUGUCAGGUUGAUCAGCUGGACAGUGAAACUGACUUGGAUGUCUCCACCAAUGUAGUCGCCACUUGUAGACUUCCUAUAAGGGGGUUACUGUUUUUUGUUUGUGCCACUGGUCAAACCUGUGACAUCAUUGUUUAUUCCUGAGUGAGGCUGUUUUCUUUUACCACUAUACAAAUGUAUCUUUUCCAUACGGUAUUGAGAACUCAACUUACAUGUAUUAGCAGCUAGGGCCUGCUCCUAUUAAAUGAGAAUAACAAGAAGGGAACAAUACUUUUGCACAUAUCAAAUAUAUUUGAAGAUGUUCUGCCAAACUGUUUCUUCCAUAGUAAAACACAGUGAUAGUAUGAUCUUUUCUUGAUUUUACCAUUGUAAGGAAAUAAGCGUUAUUUAGCCGAUUAAAAAUUAUCUGCGUAAAGGUAACCAUAAAAAGCUUGCUCCCACCAAUGCAUUAUUUUUGCCAAUUAUCAACUUUGUCACAGGUUUGCAUAACUGUCUCCAAUUCUCUCAACACCAUCUCUCAUGUUUAUAUCAGGCUAUGUAAAUGCAGAAAACGAUUUCUAUUGCCAAUAUUCUUUUUUCAUUAUUGCAUGUUGUAAGUCUAUGUUUAUGUAAUUAUUUAUAAUGACAAAACUGUUUUGUGUUGUUACCUUGUUCAUCUUGUUUAUAAAAUUUAGGUAAAAGUGCAUUUUGUGGAUUUUGGCAACACAGAAGAGAUCAGUCUGCGAUCAAUAGUCUUCCUUUCCCGCGACAUUCUGUCUUUGGUUCCCUUUGCUCAAUUGUACUGCCUGGAUGGUGUCACAACAACUAACAGUGAACUGUUUGACAAGGUAUAAACACACACAUGUAUGUUGAGCCAAGCGUGUAUGUCAAACCCUUAAAUUAUUGUUUUUAUGUGAAAAAGGGUACCAUGUUAUAAGUUCAGCAAGCAAUUUGUGAUACAAUGACUGUAUGUUCACUCAAGGUACAAUGUAUUUUUCCUACAAAAAGUGAAGCAUAAUAGUUAUAAACUUUCAUGUAUAUAUGCAGACUUUUUUAUGCUUUCUUUUGACAGCUUUAGUGACUCUGAUAAUCUAGAAUCUGGUCUCUUACUGUUAUGGAACUCAUUUUCUGUACUUGCAGGGUGUUGAGGUACUACACAACCUCACUGCUGAUAAGCUACUAACAGUGAAGUUAAAGGAAACAAAAAAGGCAUUAGAUGGUAUGUGCACAAAGUUAAUGUUAAUACAUCUACCUGUUGCUAGGUGCACAGGUUACAAGUACACUGCUAAAUGGGUUGCUGCAUGAGACAUCCAGGAGUUUCCAUUACUGGCACCAAGCUCCUAAACAAAGACUGUCGCUGGUGUCGUGGCUUUUAAACCUGGCAACCCAGCUGCCAUGAGCUCCAAUGAAACAAGGAGGACAGGUCCCUGCCACACUGAUAAAAUGGUUGGUGUAGGGUAGGGAUGCCCUUGAUCAAGUAAAAGAUUUCUUUGUAGAGAGCUCAUGGAGUUGUUUUUCUCUGUAUGAGGGGAACACAGAUGGCAUUUGCAUCUUCCUCCUUUAAAUUGAAUAAUAUUUAACCCACACUGAUUAAAGAGAAGUCCUUUUUUUAUCUUCUGUUGGUUUUCGUUUUUCAUGUAGCCACUUGCAUUUAAGACUUAUUUCACACCUUAACAGGUCUUGGCUUUGUCAGAUUGUCUGAUACAGUGGUCUUGUUGGAGUACAUUUACGUCCAAGUUCCACUUACAGUACGCGUACAUGAGCUUCUCAUGCAUGACAAAAACAUGUACAGUGUACUAAACCCUUCACAUUAAUUUGUGGUUUUCCUUGUCUUGUACAGAACCAUGCCUUGUGGAACUAACUGACACUUCAGAUGAUAAGGUUGGCAACAUUGCUAAUGAGUUGGUCAAACAAGGUUUAGUUACAGCUACAUUUACUGAGCAGGUAUGUUUGUAUGGAAAUGUCUAUAGAUGGUUUUCUGAUGUCUUUCUGAUGUCCUGUGAGGUCAUGUGCUGGUCCCUAAUGAUGGUCUAGCUGUGUAUAUAAUUAUGUCUACAUAUAAUAAUAUCAAGAAGAUCACCUUUCAUUGUCAAUUAUGGGGUUAAAGAAUUCUAUUGUUAUAAACAAGGCCAGACCUUUGCCCACUUAAAGGUCUGACCUGCAAAGCUCUUAAUAUUCAGUAACAAAUUUCAUAAGUAGGUCAAACGUGAUUGUCCGGGUAAAACAGAAAGUAGUCCUCAAUAGGACUGUUGUUGUUUAGAGUGACUGACGUUUCGACAAACUGUACGGUAGUCAUCGUUAGAGUCAAAUUGAUUUGUAUCACGUCAGUUGAUGGUAUUAAACUUUAGUUAUUGACCUGAUUGAUCAAUUAAGUUGUGAUGUUAUUGUUCGUUUGUCAGUAAAGCCUUGAAGUUAUUGGCUAUGAAGACUUGUAAUGUCACUGGUCCUUUUCGAUCUGUCUAUUGUCACAGUUAAACAGUCAUUUAUUGUUGGUCAAAUCGUCAGUUGUUCAGUCGUUCUCUCUUUAGUUUUGCUUGAUUCCGUCAAUAAGACGUUUGUAUGGUGCCGGUAACUGUUGACAAUUCAGUGGCAUUUGUUCUCAGUUAGUAAACCAGCUUUCUAGUCUGUAGAAUAUGUUAUACAUGUCACAGAGUUGAUUUGAUGUUUUGUCUGUAAACGGUGCUCAGCAAUGUGAUUGUUGACGUCACUAUUUCUCAUCACUCCUUUCUGUGCAUUCAGUUGCAUGCUAAGGUUUCUGUUGGUUUCACCAAUGUAAGUAGCCUGGCAGUCACAGAAUUUGAUCUUGUAUACUGCUUCCUGUCUGUCCCAGUUUUUAUGCAACACGUAUAUUGUAAGGUUGUAGUAAACGUGCGCAGGGUGCAAAGAAAGUCAGUUUUACAGCCUGCCAUUCGGGCAAGCUGUAGCUAGCAUGUAUAAGUCAUUUCAACUAGACCCAAAACCCUUUUUGAUUCGCAGGAUUGAUUACAAUCCUUCUGUAAUUUGAAUUUCCCCCCAAAAUAGCACUUGCCGGUCGGGCUAGUUAAGAACAAAAAUCACCAGCCCGAUAGCAAAAUCCACUAGCCUCAAGCUAUCGGUCACAACUUUCUUUGCAUGCUGGUGCGAUGGUUUCAGAGGUGCCUCUGAUGUACGGUAUGGUCGAUGUUGUAACAGGGCCAGAGUUGACGUUGGUCUGAGUGUUGGAAUCAGUGUUUAUUACUGUGAGUGUUCCAACUAACAAAGUCCUUGUUGUAGUUGUUUUUACUUAAAGCGUUGUUUAGGCAGUCAGUCUCGUCUUGUAGGCUGUCAGGCGAGUCGCAAUCUUGUUGCGCUUACCUCAUCAAAGUCCAUAUAGUUGUAGCAUUGUGAGAGGUCCGGUUGUAUGAUGACUGGUCCAGUAAUCUGUUGGUAUGUGUCGGUUUUCUGUUAAUGAUUCCUGGGUUCAAACCUUUCACAGUAAGAAACUGUAAUGCAGUUCCCUGUGGGUAUACACAACUUAAAAAUGUCCCUGCCACUUGUCCAGCAAAACUACAGUAGAUUUUUAUGGGUGUUAAGAACUGUUUAUGCUCACUUGCCUAAUAGGCAAGGCCCUGCAUGAGCACAUCAUCUUCUUACUACAGUCAUGUACAUCAUUAACCAAAACAAGAUGGCUGGGGUGCCUACCAUUUCUUGUGCAUAAACAUAAUUCUAUAAAAUUUGACAUUUUGGGAGAACAAACCACUGCAAAAUAUAUCCAAAUCUGCUGAACAUACUAAAAAGAGGGGGAAAAUUGGAUGGUCUCAAACCACAGCCCAUGAUUUUGAAAACUUGCCAAUAAAAAAAUUUCUAAUGGUGCAAACCAUUAUUUUGAUUUUCCAACUAGUGGUAAACUCCCCUUGUUGUCUUAUCUGCUAAGACUGACAGGCCAAAGAAAUCUAAAAUGCUAGCCUGUCCAUCCAUUAAAGAAUAAUAAAUGAGCUAAAUAUGCUCUUGUUGCCUUUAACACAGGACGGCCCACCACCCUUAUCACCAAGGUGAGGAAUACUGCCAGUUAGCAUAAGUAUGUAAUAAUAGUGUAAUUGAUGUAAUUUAGUACUCUACCACUAAAAAUUGACCUGUAGUAUCAAGCAACAACAACUUUAUUAAAGUUUCGAACUCUCACCGAGCAUGAUUGCACCACUUUUUGGUGUAUGAAAGAAAUCUAUUAUUUCCUGAGAAAUGUGAUGUCUGCAGUGAUUACAAGCUGGGGUUAUCCUGAAAACGUAUUUGCAGUACAGUGGUAAUUGGAACGUUUACAUUCAUGACUUUUUUUUUAGCCAUGUACAUUGUUUUGUAGUUGUUGUUUCUUUAACUUUUAGUAAAACUUUAUCCAGCAGAACAUCCCUCAGUGAAGCUAUGAUCAAAGAAAUGGAAGAAAUGCGAAAGGACAAUGAGACUCUAAGAAGUAUGGUUAAGGUGUACCAGGUAAUGCAGUUAUAAGCAGUAAUUCGUUUAGGAAAACCAGGUGUCAAUUAAUUUUAUAAAACUUUUUCAUGUGGCCAUUGUUUUCAAACUCUAAAACAAUAGCCACACUUGUGAAAGUUUUAUUAAAUUUACCCCAGUCGUGUAGCUCGGUCACACUAUGUUAGUGUACUGGCAACUGAGGGGAGCUUUAAUUUUAUACAUGCAUAUCAUGAAAAGCAGAAAUUCUUGAACUUGUUGGAGGAAAGUUAUGACUACCUCCGAUUGUUUUAUUGCUUUGUGAAGCUACAGUUCUAGUCUUUGCUUAUUAGGAAAAGGAGAAGACUUUUGAUGAAGUGCAAAAAUUUUACUCUGCUCAAGCAGCAAAAGACAAGGAGAACAUGAAGCAAGCUGUGAACUACAAGGUACAGUGGACAUGUAAAAAUCAAAAUGUAGUGUUUAUUGUGGUUAAUAUUUUUUGUGUUGUGCAAACUAUGUUUGGGUAUCUAUUGUCAUUUUAACUUUUUGUUUGCAGUUGUUCUUAAUUGUACCAUCUGCAACACCAAGAAACUGUCUAAACAACAAGUGACAGUGUUAUGAUACAUGUGAGACACUUUGUUUCAGUUACAGUGCUGCUUUCACUGGAACAUGAAAAGUAUUUUUGGAAGACUUGGUUGCUUGCUUCUAAAACUUGAAUUGAGGUGGCAGAUAAUGUUACCAAAGUGAACAAGAAAACUAUGAGUAUGAGUUUAAUAGGCCACUUUUUAGCUUCCAAGUUCCAAAACUCUCACUUUCAAGACGAGGCUACCUGUUGAACCUUUCUUGUGAAAAUGAGUUUUAUUUGCAUGAGAAUAAAAAAUCGUUUUCUGGAAAUUGCUGAUAAAGGACAUGGGUUUGACCAUGCCAUAUUCUUUUAUAUGAAGACCAACUUAUGAACAGUAUUUUCAGAGCUUUUAAACAUUUUUUUUAAGAACUGUAACACAAGUGUAAUGUAGGAACAUUGUGGUAGUAUUGAACAAUGAAGCAAACAGCUGUUACUUCUUCAAAAAAUGCAAUAUUUAUUAUUUUAUUUCCCAAUAAAUUGAAUGCAACACAGCGAUGCGAUGUUGAUGUUUCAACACCGUAAAAUGUUAUCCCAGUUCCUGCUCUGUAGCUUUUUUUUGAAGUACACAUUUCUAAGAUUACCUGACCCAAAGAAAUGAUGAUCCUUGUGAAUGAGAAGUCUAAGUCAAUGACAUAUUUCCAUAUCUGCUCAAUCACUUUUCUUUCUGCUAAAAUAACGUUCAUUCCAAGGGUUGUUGCUCAGUGUGUUUUGCUUGCCUUCUUCUGUCAUCAAAUGCAACUUAAGAAUGCCUCAUGCCUGGCAAAAAUGGAGUUUUUGAACAUGCACAGUAAUACAAAUUACACUAAAAAUUACAAAGUAAUACAAAUUACACUAACUUGCCAGCCAAAAGAUUCUUAGCUAUACAAGUAGUUAGUAUUUCUGUGGUGCUCUAUAAAGUAGUAAUUUAUUCUUGUUUCAUUACAGUGUUUGGAGUUGGUGAGCAAAGUUUGUGAUCUUAAAAAACUUAGGUAUGCAUCUUAGUUAUAAAUAUUAUUUACACUCUUGGUCAUAUGUUGAUGUUUGCAUAUUCCUGGUUGCAAAGUAGGCCAUUUUUGUGUUCCCUAAAAUGAAAUGCAAUAUUCCUAUUUUCCCUAAAAUAAUAGGCUUUUGUUGGGAACAAUUUGCAUUGUGAGGUUUCUUGUCUACCUAAAAGCCAUCUGUGAACAAAAAAAAUGUUUUUGCAACUCUUGACACAAAUUAAGAUUUUGCUUGAUUUUUCCUGAUUGUUUCUAUUUAAGCAUACAGCAGCAUCUGCAACCUUUUGUCAUGGGUGUGUGCAAAAAAAGGAAUUAUGAUUUAAUUAUACCUAUGGUCUUUAUUUUACAUCCUUAUGCAGAGCUGCUGCCCCUGCUCAUGGAAAAACUACUGAUGUCAUCAGAGAAGCAAUCUUGUUAACAAGAAAUGUCAGAAUUGAUUUGAAAUCCUUAAAAUCACUGCAGCAGGUAAAUAGAAAGUUCAUUUCACUCCUUAAGUAAACAAUACUUUUGCAGUAGCAAGUGCACAAAGUGGUUUUGUUUAACAUGUUCAUGAUGAAAAUAUGGAGUUUGCAAUUUAUUAUUGUUGGUUUUUGGUCAUAGAGGGGCUUAAUGGUAUUUUCAAUGAUUUUAAUGCCUCAGUUUUCUUAACUGAAGACCUAAAAAAAAAUUGUAAAAAGAAAUUAGUAGAUAGGAUUAGAUAGAAACCUUUAUUUCAAAAGAGGACCUGUUUCAAUUUCAGUAGACACUCCUUUUUAUGUGUCUCCAUUUGUUCCAUUAAUGCUUAUUUAUUGAAAAAGUCAACAAAGUAUACUAUAAAAUGAUUUUUAGUCCAAUCAAAAUGUUUGUAGUAGUAAUCAGGAUAAGCAGAGCAGUAGUUGAUUGACUUUCUUAUACCUUUUGAAAUCCAAGGCCUAGAAAAUUGUUUAAUCCGACGUCGAGAAAGGGUUUUAAUCGGUGCAUGUUUAUUUAUAAUCUUAUUAAAAUUUCUAUAGAAAAUUGAAAAUAGCUCGUCUACAUUAUUUGCGUGCGUUUUAAUGAUGCAACUCCAGUCGAUCGUAGCAAGGUCGCUGUUAAUAUUAUCGGGAUUGAAAUGCGAAAGAUCGCGUUUUUUAAUUUGCUGCCGUUUAAUCUUAUCUCUUGUUGAUGUCAAAAUACAAAACUGCGAAAAAUGAUCGCUGACAUCAGUAAUGAGAUUACCGCUGAUUAGCACCUGCUCAGGAUUGUUUACAAAAAUGUUAUCGAUUAAGCUUGCAGAAUUUUUGUGAACACGUGUUGGUUUGUCAAUAGUUGGAAGGAGAUAACAACUUUGAAGAGCCAGUAAGAAGUCGCGACUGUAAUUACAGGUUUCGAUUUUUUGAAGACAUAAAUUAAAAUCACCUAAGAGACAUAAGUUCUUCCCUGUCGAAGUAAAUUUGUCGAUAGUCUCUUCCAAGUAUUUAAGAAAGCUCUCUGGAGAAUUAUGUUGACGGUAUAAGACUCCACAGAUUACGUUUUUCUUCUUAACAAAAGAAAUUUCUAUCCACAAUGCCUGAAAAGAUUCGGUGGAAGUUUUUUCUAAAACUGAAUAACUAAGUGUUUCAUCGACAAAGAGGCCUACACCACCACAUGCUAGAGGUGUUGGGACGUGUUCAAAAACGUAACCGGGUAUGUUUGAAAGGCCUGUAUUCUCAUUAGAAUUGGUGAUUUUAGUUUCCGUGACACCAAUUAUAUUGAAGUGAAUACCUAUUUCUUGUAAAUAAUGAGUCACUAGAUUUUCGAGGUUACGAUUAAGGCUUCUAAUAUUAUUGUGAAAAAUUGAGAGACUAGAUUCAAUUUGAUCCUGCGUAAGAUUAUUAGUAAACUGCUUAAGACUGUGUGGAGAAAAAUAUCGGCUUCUAAUACAUUGGCUCAUUAAAGCAUCGUUAUCAGUUUGGUUGGUAUCAAAGGCCAUAUUCAAAUUAAACAAAUCCAGAUCAUAUAAACUAUGGAGAUUAUCUAGAUCUCGUUUAGUCGGGAGCUCACUAUUAACUGAAUUAUUAAAUUGGCCAUGGGCAAGGGCUAAGUUACCUCUGAAAUUAAAGUACGGUAAAUCUUUUAACAGAGAUUUAUUUAACUUCUGUUGUUGCUUAGUACUGGUCUUUGUAGGCAUUUCAAUAGUCAAACUUGAUUACUUCGUAAUGACAGAAUAUAAAAAGUACUUGAGUACUUAGCUCUGUAGGUGAUCGUUCACUCCAGCUUCUGAGGCCGUGCUAAAUUUCUUGUUAAGCUCAGAAAGGUCGGCGAAUUUGUAAAUUGUGGAUUCUUCAGACUUGCGAAGAUACACAAAGCCAUUUUUCGCCCAACAAAAUUUGUACUUCUUAGCCUCUUUGACUUUCUUUGCUUCAUGAUAUAGGGCUUGUAACCGUGGCGUUAAGUGAUCAUAGAUAUUAAGGUACUUGACAUUGAUAUCAGCUGCAAAUCCAAGUUCUUCGGCCUUGAGGCCACCAACUUUCUUCCUGGCCGCCAUUACUUGGUCUUUAGCUAGCCUUCGUACAAACUUACAAACGAUUGCAUUGGGUCGAUUUGAUGGCUUCAUAGACGGCACUCGGUGGGCCGUAUCAAUAUCCUGGAUCGACACUCCCUUUACUCCCAAGGCUGAAAAUAAUUGUAGGCAUAGAUUUGCAGUUUGCUCAGGGUGUUCACGUUCAGCAACCAUCGGCAUUCCGACUAUCUUGAUGUUGAAUUGGUAGCUGUACAGUUCAAAAGCAUCUAGCGAUUUCUGGAUGCGGUCGCAGGUCUCAGAUAUCUUAUCGAGUCUUGCCCUAAUUUCUUCAAGCUCUUUACUGGCACUUACUUUGAAAGCAAUUAAAUCAUCAUACUGGUCCGAAACAAACUCCACUGAUUUGGUUUUGUCUGGUGACAACACUUCGACGCCAUUACCGACAUUUAGAUUGCAUUCUUCAGUUUGUUCACUUAACUCUUUCAAAACCUCUUCUAGCUUCACUUUAAGCUCCGCUACUUCGUCCUUGAGUUCUUUGUUUGCUUUUCUCAAUUUUUGUUCACUAUUUGUCAUGAUAUUAGAGAGAGUUACCGCUCGCAACUCGCUCGACGUUACCGCACGUGGUCUUCGAUCUUCCCGAGGUCAGAGGUCAGGGCAUAAACUUGUGUGGUUUUUAUUUCACAUUAUCAAGCCUUAGUGCUUGUAGGUAUUCCACGGGAAGUGUGAAACUGCCAGCUGCCAGCUCACUUUGGCAAGGUUGUCCAAGCCCCUUCAAUACUCAGUUGUCAGGAGUUCAACAUCGUUUCACAUUUAGUAAAUUGAUCAUAGAAACAUCCAAAACUUCCCGUUGCAAUAACUUGAGUAGUUUACUUACUCCUAAAGGGACAUCUGUAGUGGCUGAGUGAUCAAGCUUUAAAAGCAUGGUCCAAUUCACUAUGAAUAAUUUCUUCACUGUUCUUCAAGCUCUCCAAAUAGUAGCCCUUAUAAACAUACCCACAACUAAGGAAGAAAUACUUUGCACUGGGUUUUCAAUCAUGGCAGAAACUAGAAUGUUAUAUCAUUAAUUUAAUCAGUUUGUAUUGAUGCUAAUUUAAAAAAUUAAUUUGCACCUGUUAUAGGUGAAGGAGACUGAGAGAAAACUUGAAGAAGCCCAACAGUGUUUAUGUGACUGCAAAGAAAAAGUGAGUUGUUAAUAUGUACCGUAAGCCCUGAACAUUUGUACAUCCACCAUGUCAUUGGUAUGAAAAGAGUCAUAGUUGCACUACUGAAUUUAAAGAAGUGUUAUUAAUCUAGUAAUGUAUAAACUGGGCUCAAAAUCUAGUUGCUUCCCAUUGCUCGUAGGAACUGAUGGCUGACCUCAUCUCACAGCGAGACCAAGGCAGACAAGAGUUGUUUAACACCAUUGACUUGUUCUGCAAGGAAUUUCACAUGAUGCCACUUGAAGAAAGAGAACAGUCCUUACAGGUACGUUGACUUAGAAUUAAAAAAAAAACAAACAAACCGAAACCCUGUAGUGCUCUUCAUGUGUUUUGUUUUUGGCAAAACUACUAUAACCUAGGUUUUUUCUUGUAUGUUUUAUUCAUUGCUCAGUGUAGUUUUGGAUUACCCGGGAAAGUACAUGUAUGUUCAGUGUUUAUUUGUCAAGUUAAUAACAUCUUGCUUUGUUUCCUUCUUUUAGCAUUCACUUGGCCAACUUAAAGAGCAGAAAGGUAAAUAAUGUCUUAUGCAUUAGGCUAGAAAUAGGAUUGUUACAUUUGUGUACCAUGGCGAUUCUUUGACACACCAGGAUUCAUGUGAGGAAGUUCCUGCAGUGAAUAUCUUUUGUUGAAACUUAAAUGGUCUUUCAGGUUUGGCUGAAAAUUUAUGCAUCAUCCGUUAAACCAUAUGAAAAUUCAGAUGCCAAGUCAUUCAAAAAUUUGAACACCUAAACUGAGGUCAAAUUUAUUGCUGGUCUGACCAAAUGAAAAAUACUUUAGUGCACAAUCAGAGGCCUGCAUCUAUCGUGCUGCUUUUGUGAUCUUAUACGGGGGAGUUUUACAGGCAAACUCGACUUUUUGUAGUACCAGUCUUGGCUUGUGCAGGAGAGCUUUAAUUCGAAACUGGACACAGAGAUAACGAUUUUCUCUUAAUAUAUUUCUACGUACCGAUUUAAGUCAUUAAAACAUUCACACACGAAAUCGUGUGCAUGGUUGCUUACGCCUGCUUGGCAUAUUUGUUAGGCAUAUGCAGGAGAAAAUUUUUCGCCCUUUAAAGUGUAUGGGUUCGUUGUUAAAUAUUAAUUUCUCACCAAUGAAACAAGAGGAUCAAAUGAAACUGGUAUAGUAAACUUGCAGAGUUCAUGCACAAGCCUAGAAGUACUCUGGUGUUUAGGAAUUAAUCAAUCAGUCGAAAGGCUGACCUCCUCGAGUUGUGCAUUUUCGGUUUAUUAGAUUUCCAUAUAGCCCCAUACAUUUAUUAUGCAUGCAACAAUUUCCUGUUUUUUCUCACCAACAGCUAAUAUGAAAAGAGUCAAAACAUGUAUGCAUAAUAAAUGUAUGGGGUUAUAUGGAAAUCUUACCUUUCAUUUUGUUUUGUUUUGGUGACAUGCUAAAUAAUGGCAUAUCUUCUAUUUGUGGGCCCCAUUUUCACUGAAAUCUCUUCUCGAAAAAAGCUCUGUUACGUGUCCCAGACAUUUACAGUGAUCUACAGUGAACAGUCGAGCUUUCAGGUAAACUUCCUUGUACAAGAAGAUCACGAAAGCAGCACAAUAGAUGCUGGCCUCCUAUUAGGCACAAAAACAAUCAGAGACAAGCAUUUGAAUAAGUCAAGUAACUGGUUUGUUAAGAGUAGCAUCCCAGGGGAUCUGACCUGUUCUUGAAAACUUUCGCGAACAUUUAUCCUGACCCAACUGACCGGCUGCUCUGUCUCUGAGGAUGAACAAUUCAGUGUUUCUUUUUCAAAGUUUCACUGUAACUGUGCCUUUAGUGGAAUUUCCAAGUGUAUUCUUUAGUAACCCUCUAAGCAAACAAAACCACAUCUCGGAAAUAGCUGUUAUCCUUUGGUUUUAGGAUGUUAUUUGCACUUACAGGUUUUGGUUUGUUGGCAUGAAUGUACAAAAUGUGUAUCAUUUGAGACACAAUUACGCGAGUGCCUGAGAAAAUAAACUCCUUGGAUUUUGUCAUCGAGUCCUGGAGAAGCCCUUGAAUAAAAGUUAAUGAAACCUGUAUGAACCAUGUGUAAUGGUGGACUUAACCUAAAGUGACUUUUGGCAGUGUUAAUUCAGGGUUCGCACAGUCUUGAAAAGUCCUUGAAUUUUAGGGGAAGUCCUUGAAAAGUCCUUAAAUUUUUCUUCAACUUUUGAAUGUAGUGGCCUGGAAAGUGUUUUUGGUCCCUUUUGGUCGUCCAAGACAGAAUAUGAAUCAUAGCUCAGAAAAUUUAAAGGUUAUUUACACAAAGUGCUCAUUUAGGCUCAAUGUUUUAUGCAAUAAUUAACUAUCAAUUUAAGAGAGGUGAACUGGAAAAUGUAGAGAAUCUGGUGAAGCAAACAGUUCAAGCCUUAAAGCCUUAUUAGAAUAGACUGGGAAUGUGCAUUUUUGUACAAUCUGUGAAAUUAUUAUAUUCCUCCUAUGUGGUCCUUGAAAAUCUAAUGUGGUCCUUGAAAAGUACUUGAAAAGUGGUCGCAAUUUUUUUUAUGAACCCUGGUUAAACAUGGCAUCAACAUUCUAUCUAAUAAUUAUCUUUCAGGAGCCCUAAACUGUAGCAGCUCAGAUGGAGUCCUCGAGAGGACAGUUGAAGCGUAUGAGGAGUGGCUGGUAUGUGUAAUUGGUUUUAUGUUUUUGACAAGGUAUCUAAUACUUAUGUAAGGGCUUUAAAAACACUCAAAUUCAAGCUUUUGGAAAGCAGCUGUCACAUGUCGUUUGCCUGGGGGCACUUCUUGCUCAUUCUGGUUAAUGAUCAUGUUCAAGAAUGACUCGCCUGGACCCUUGACCAUUGGGUAAGUAAGCUUUAAAAGCUGUUUACCCAGCAAGAAAGCCUACUUGGUCUAUACUACCGGACAGGUUUUUUCCAACCUCUGAAUGCUGAAGAAUUAGGAUAUUUCUGAGUUUCACAAUCCCUUGAUUGUGAUCAUGAUUGUUUCUAGUUAAAACUUCAUGUUUUAAAACAACAACGAAUGAAGUUCAUGUGACCUUUGCAGGAGAGAAGCUGCCAGGACGUUGCCGAGGUCAGACAAAAGGUUAAUCAGUGCACAGAUGCGCUUACAACAGCUCUUGCUAAUUUACAGUCGGUAUGGUCCUGUUUAAGUGUCAUGUUUUUAGUGCAGUUGAUUCUUUGAAGGAAAUUGCCAUUUACACGGUGUUUUUGUUUAACUCAUAAAAGUGUACUUGCACGAGACUUUAAAAUAAACUGUUAUGAAGUAUUGUAUCAACACUUUUUGUAGAACAACAAGGGUCAAUUUCUGGUCAAGGAAACUUGGAAAGGGUUUCAAAAGUUCGGGAAAUAUACAUCAUUGACAUUGAAGUACCACUUUAUGCACACUGUGUGAACUCUGGCUUGAAAAGUAUGACAAUAGAAAUCAGCCACGUGUCUUUUGUAAUUCCUUUUCCAGAGAGUCGGUUGGUUCACAGUAAGUGUCAGUACAUGAAAUUUUGGUAAAGUAUUCCCCCAUGUAAAAGGGGGGAGGUGCCACACGCAACUAUACAGACACCAGGUUAAACUCCCGCUAUGUGGGCCUGUGCUUGGGCUUCUCUGUACACAGAAAAUCACCGUUUACCAUUCAAACCUAAACUGCAUGUAACCGGCCCUGUGGCUCCUCGUCACCAGAAAAUGGCUCGCUUACACAACAUAACUGUAGCUUUUCGGCAAAAUUGCGUGCGAAACGAUUAAAGUUCUAGCGAAAAUCAGUCUCUUAUUUCUUUUUUCAAAAGGUUCUGCAGAUGUCAGGAAACAGCAGUGAAGCAGUAGAUCAGCAUGUAGCAUUUGGUGAUUUGGAUGCACUGAUUGCUGCUCUAUCUUGUGCCAUACAAGAAGAGAUUGAUACGUCCAAGGUACAAAACAAGGUCGGGUGCAUUGGGUGGUAUCCUUUGACAAGUCAGGUAGAUUUCGGUUAGCGUAAGAUGAUAGCAGACUGCUCACUUCACAUUCACUCAAUUCGUAUGGGCAGUCAUUUGAGGCAGUGCAGUGUUUGUACUUGUGAUCUGUUGAGUUUCUUCAGCUGAUUUGGCUACAUCCCUUCUUGUAGCUCAUUGUCCUCCACUGAAGUGGCAUUAAAUCCAUGGAUGUUCGUGUAUGCCAGUAUGGAAUUGUUAAUCAGACAGCUAGUUUGUCUUUUUUAUGCAGUUAGGGGGGCUUCCGUUUAACUGUUAUUUAGUUGGCUAUAAUGCAAAGGCCAAACUAAAUAGCUUUAGAAAGUACAUCUGUGCCUCAUACACAUACUUCUGUGUGCUUUUUAGAGUAUUACGUUUAAAUUAGCUUUUUGUAUUGUGAACUCACUUUUGGUUUUUAGUAUAAAUUUUGAUUUUUGUUGUUUGAAUUUUGGUUAUUAAUAUAUGUUUUGAAUGCUAUGUGUAUUUUUGUUAGGUGUCGGAGGAUAAAGAAGCUAAACAUAUAGUUGACGGUGCAAUAACAACUCUUAUCACAGAAAUCGAAAGAGAAGUUUCAGAUAUUAAAGAGCUGAGGUAUAUUGAUUUUGUCAAAAUAUAUUCUGUAACUUAGACCCAUCGUUUACGUGCAGUAAUGAUUGAUUAAUAGCCAGAUUGGUUACAUUAUUUUCAUUAUAAGCUUAAAGCAUUAAUUCUUGACAAAACUCCUGGGAAAUGCUUUUGAUUGGUUGAAGCAAAUUUCCCACUUGGCACGACCAAUUAGAGCAGAUCUGAAUAAGUGACGCGUGAUCAGUGUGAAAUUUCUGCACUACUUUCUCACACGUCAUUUCCCGGGGAAACCAGUGGUGGCGUCGCGAAUAGUUGGCUGUUUUCUCAAGCCACGCCCCAUGUAGUCGAUGUACCCUUCAUUUGAGUAUCACCUGAGGGCUUCACAAGCCUAAAAUGAUCUUUUAAUGUGGGACUUAGAAAGGUUUAUAGGUAACGUAUUUUCACCUUAUGUGUGACUUCUGGGCAAGGUCUGAAAUAACGGAUGGUACUAAAUAAAUACAGCAAGUGGUCGGUAAUUAGUGGGAAAAUAUUCUCUUAAAAAUCAGAGAAAUGACUGCUAACACUAAUGUGACUUAUAACGUGUUAAGAUCUCUUAAAAUAUUUUUUUUUUGUUUUUUUGUAGAGAUCAUUUGGUGGCAAAUUACAGAAACCUUCAGGUGCGUUGAAAAAUGAGUAAGGAGAGAGAAAGACCUACAAACUCGGUCAAUUAAUAACAUGUUUUGUCAUUUUAGUACACAUACAGUAUUUACUCGAAAGAGCGUUUUCCCUGACUAAGGGGCUCACUUGGGUUAAAAAAUGUUUUGGAGUUUGCCCCCUAAAUAAACGCUCACUCAGAAACAUUGUUUUUUUUGGGGGGGAGGGGGUAUUGUUAUUACAGAUUUGGAUAGACCAUAAAACUAGCAUUUGGUACGUUCUUAUUAUGUUUCCAUCAUUUUGGAUUAAAGGAAGAUCAGUUAAUGAGGAGUUUUAAAUUUCUGCCGCCCCGAAUAUGUGCCGCAACGGCAGUUAAAAUAUUGAGUUUGCGCUGCAUCAGUUUGUCGAGUAAAUAUGCAACUGUUUCUAGUUAUGGUUAUUGUUGGGAGGAUAUUUUAAAUGCACGUUUAUAAACAUUGCUUAGAAGUACGAAUUGUUCUAUUUUACAUGGCCUGCCGUCACUGUUUCCAUGAUGGGAGUGCAAGUCACAGUGAUCUAUACAGAGGUUCUUUUUCGUGAAAAUAAGUACAAUCUGCAGAAUCAUACGACAUUGGCUUCAACCAAAUAAUGUUAACCAAGUGCAGAGAACAAUGAAAGCUUUCCUCAAUGUAAUAGUAAAACCGUGAAAAUAAAUCUCAAGCAAGCUCUCCAUUUGUGGGAUAUUGGGAGAAGUCACGCGCGAGCGGCACGUGAAAGCAGGUACAAGAAAGAGAGGACGCUUGCAUGUGUGUUCUCUCACAGCUCGCUUUGCUUGCCACUCAAAAUGGAGAGCUUGCUCUCAGACUACGUGAACGAUGGUCUUGCAUAUUAAAUUUUUGGGGUGUGUGGUUGGUCACUUUGUAUAGGCUGAUAUGACCCCUUGGCUUGGAUCUAAGCCUGAUAUAAAGAAGGUGGGAGACGUUAGAAGAAAAAUCAAAAGUUUACGUUCAAGACUCCGUCACAGACUGGCAGACAAGAAGGACUUGGAGGAGGUUGGUCUUAUCUUCUGAAUUGAAAUAUUCGUCUCCUGUCAGCGGACUGCAAAGAAUUAUACUGUCUUAGAUCGUUUAACAGCUUGUUAUUAGGUGGAAAACUUCUUCUAUCUCACAGAGGUAUCAGUACAUAAGUACAUGAAAUAUGCACGUUUAUGUGAGUAUAGUUCUCAAUGGGACUGUUGUUUGAUAGUGAUUGAUGUUUUGACCUUUGUAAAGUGAGCUGUGCUGUAAAACCCGCGUGUAAGAAGCUUCAUGUUUUGAAGUCUGAAAAAAAAGGUUCUCAUACUUAAAGGUAAUUGACCUACAUACAAGAACCUGCUUGAUCUUGCUUGGCAAUUGUUGGGUAUUAAAGUAGCGAAUUUCUGCUAGCAGGUUCUUAAACCACUAGGCUCUUACACGCGGGUUUUACUGAUGCAUCUCGUCGGGUGAGGGUAUUCAACUUUGGUUAUUGACCUGAUUGUUGUCUCUUUUUGUAUAGGGGGAUGAGGCUGAAAAUCCUGAUGAACUUCUAAAGGUACUUACAACGUGUAGUGAAAAUUUCCACACUCAGCUGUAGCUUGGGGAAAUUUCAGGGUGUUCCAGAAAUAAGUUUCGGUAGCCAGUAAGACUUUCUACUUUCAAACUUUUCACUGUUUCAGUCUGACAUCACAGUUGUUAAUUUUGCGCAAAUCCUGUACUGAUGCUAGAAACUAGCCUGCAAAAUAGUGCUUUUCCUCUAUCAGCACUCAGGUGAAUGCUACUUGAAAGGUGCAAAGCACACCCGCUAGCAUUUUCCUUCUCACACCCUCUUCAUUGACUGCGUGUAUUCACACGACAGAACGAUGAAAACCAUUAAAUCCAAACUCCCAUAGGCAACCACACAAGGUUUGGUAAUCCCCUGUGGCUUAUCAAGAGCUCUGACUACAUUGCUGGGAACAUGAAUUUGGUACUGUUUUUGAGAAAGAUAGUCUAUUAUCAGCUUUGGUCCGUCAUGAGGUUAACCUGAAAGCACUUUUUCCUUAAAAUUUCUGACUUUGAAAGAUCUAACAAAUGCCAGUUGGUGCGCCUGUUGAGAAAUAUAACUUAAGUGUAAUUAUAUGCCAUCGACGCAAGCUUAACUGACAGAUACUGUGAAUGGUGAUUUUGUGAUUUGUUUUCAGGUGGAGAGUGACAUUUCAGAUAUAUACCUACAACUUCAUCAAGGGUUUGAGGAAGAAAGCCAAUUCUUGGUGAGUUGAAGCGUCGCUAGUAAAAGUUUCUCGUAAGUUAACUUAUCAGUGAGAUUGAUACAGUUUCAUAAUAUUUUUUUUUCUGCAGGCUGAUUUGGCAAAGUGUGCUUCAAAUCACUUCCCUGAACUUCCAAUAGCUCACCCCGAACUUGGAAUAUCAGAAUUUCUUGUAAGUUAAGUAAAUUCUUUCCAUUGCAAUGAAUAGCAAUCCUGUAUGUUGUGUUCUGCAUGUCUAAAAUGCUGCUUUGUGAUGUUGCAGGUGUCUGAUGGUCUGCUGAAACCAGGCAGAGAAUUGGAGCAUUACCCACGCCACGAUUCUGUACCUUAUACAAGUCACGACAAAUGUUCAGUUAUCAACACUGAGUUUUCUGGAAAACCUUGCAUACUGAAGGUGAGUUAUCGUAGCGGUGUCUCUUUGUAACUUACGGUAACUGGGAAAAUACUGAUCCUUCAAUUGCUCCUAAACUUACAUGCAUCUCUGAUGAAUAUAACACAGUACAAAGUCUUUGCUUACUUUCCCCUUCUCCUCUACCUCCCCGUUUUUCGUUAAAUAGAUUUAAUAGCAAAUGCCGUAAAUGAUCUAACAAACGCGCAGGGCAUCUAUUUAAUUUCAGGGGUCUAAGUAGGGGUGUUCAAUAGAUAAUAGGCAUUUAUUCUCAUAAGUGUAACAUGCUCAACAAAACUAACAUUCUUUCGGUGAAAAUAUCAAGAGAGUUUUAAAAUGGCGGAAUAUCCACUCCACCAAUAAUGAUACGUCUAGGCCGUAUAGAGAUCCAUGUCGCCCUUUCAAAUCCCAACAUCGAUGUCAGAAUCCUCGCUUGGGGUUAUUGUGUUGCCAUCGUUAGUCUAUCCCUAAUAUGAACUUAACAUUCAACAAGAUGAAAUACACAAAGCCUUGUUAAUCAAGCAAGAAACUGAAUGAAUUGAAUGCACUUUAUUUGAGUGUCAAUGUAUUUAGCACAAACGUACUAAUUGGGGACACUAUUUUUUUUUAUGUCUCCAGCUGGAGACAGGACCGCCAUUUAACGUGGUCAUCCGAGCCACGCAAAAGUCUACCAGCUUGCAGUGCAAAGGGACUGCAUUCAUUUCUCAGUUAUUUUAAGACCCUGAGUAUUGGUCCGGCCCCGGGAAUCGAACCCGCGAUCUCCCGCUCUGCAGUCAAUUGAGCUAAUCCUGUCGCGGUCAAAUGAUUUUGAGAAUGAAAUGAGAAUGAUUUUGCUCUUGCUCUUUUUUGCUAAUCCUCGUAGGGGGCGUUGAUUAGAGAGGGGUGUCUAAUACAAUUUUAACAGCAUAGAGGGGGCAAUUAUAAGAUAAGAGGCGUUUAUUUGGGAGCGUGCGCUUAUUAGGUCAUUUACGGUGGUACAUAGUGUUUUGCUUUCCUCCCCAGUCGAUUAUUAUGCUGUGAACCCAACCUUGUGGCCUAGGUUUCGUUCUUACACUAUAAAAUUGCAUUUCUUCUUAGUAAUAAAUUAAAAAUGCAGCGUUAUUUCAUAGAAACAUCCUUCUCUUUCACUUUGUAGGAGAUAAGUUUGGAUCGAGAGUUGGGCGACAAAGAAACUUUGCAAAACCGAGCUGUUAACUUCAGAAGUGUCGGGAACCCUUGCCUGGUUCCUCUACACGCCUUUUUUGUCAAGGUACUUAGAAAUCCUCAUAAAAAUUAGCAAGAACUCUUUUAAAAUCAUAAAGUCUCGCUUGCUUGGAGGGUAAAUAAGAAAUGAGGAAGCGAUUAAUUCUACACGAAACAGAUUUCUUCGCUAACCGUUUUUCACUUCCUACUUUAUCGAUGGUCGAGUAUUCUUCAGAAUAUUUACUUUUUAUUUCGUAUUCGACAACCUGUUUUUGAAUUAAUUGAGUAGGCGUGUAUAAUCAAGGACCUCGAUUCAAGAGAAAUUGCAUCAUUCCCAGAAAGCAAAAACGUGAUAAACAUUGCGCGUCAUUCCAAUCAUCGUCCAAAAUAAACCACAUGCUCAUUUGUAUACCAUGAAAGUUUACUACACCCGACCAGUUAGCCUUACCGUCGAAGUUUUGCUCAUUAAGAUUAAUUUUUUCUUUUUCGACAACUGGAGUAUUUACUUGUUGCUUAAAGACGCCGAUACGAAUUUUUGUUUCUUUUUCUAAACUUGGGUAAGGUCGUCCAGAAUUCAACUCUACUGAAAUGCACCAAUAUUUGGCAUUUUAAGUGAGUUGGAAUAAACGCGACAAAGUUUAAAACAUCGCGAAUUCAUUUUAAUAGUAGGGCUUCCGCUGUGAAAGCUCCCUAUUGAGGGUAUCCAUGGACGUUGGCUUUCAGUAUCCCUUUCAGUAGUCAAGUUUUCUUACUCUUUUGACACCUAUUGAGGGUCUUAAACCCUCGGAGAUCCAAAGGAAAUUAAGAGGGAAGAAAUACUCAGGGGACAAAAUCAACACAAGCUUAGUGUAACGUCUACAAGACGAAGUGGAGAGGCUCUUGACAUUUACUCCAGCACUAGGUCACUCUCUCGGCUUGGUGGUCGUCUUGUAAGUGUGGUUAUUUACAAUAUCAAAUGUAAUGAUUGUAAUGUAGAGCACAUUGAUGAAACAGCAGGGAAACUGGACACUAGGCUAAUUGAACACCAGAAAUCAGUGCAAGCCUGCGAUCUCAAGUCUACUGUGUCCAAACACACUAAGGAUUCAGGCCACUCCAUCGACUGGGCCAGUGUAAGAAUUUUUGGCCUGGAAAAAACACCUGCUUUUACGCAAGAUCUGCGAGGCCAUAAACAUUCAUACUCGGUGACCGGCAAUGAACCGUGAUCAGGGCUCCCGCCAUCCCUCAAUCUGGGGAACAAUUUUGCAGCCUCAUCAAACCGUGGCUGUAAAUAACUACAAACGUCACUGAUGAAUGGAUCCGGAUGGGUUUCCGAAAACUUCGUUUAACUUUCAAGAAAUCUCUCAGCAAUAGCAGAAUCUUCAUUCUUUUAAUGUAUUGGUAUGGUUUUGGCUGGGUAUCCGUAUGCAAGUCUUUUUAACCCUUUAAACCCUAACAUCAAAAUUCAAAUUCUCAUUUGUUAUCCCUAUGCGUUUUCAAUAGAAGUAGUGGGGAGAAUUUGUUGAAGUAUCAAUUAGAUUCAUCUUGUUUGAUCAUGUCCUCAAUUCUCAUGACCACUCUGUUUUAUAAAGCAGUGAUAUUACAAAGAGAAAUUUGACGUUGAUCACUCUUAGGGCUUAAAGGGUUAAGAUUUUACCAUUACUACUCUUUUUUAAACUAAUUUGUGACCUACAGGGAAACAGAGCAUUUGUUCAAAUGCCUCUUUUGACGAGAGGUGAAGAAUGGCUUAAGUCUGACGAAUGUUCAUCUGAGGCGAGUAUCCAUGUAUUCUCUCAUUAAAUGAUGUUGAUCUUUUGAUGAUUCUGUGAAAUAUUUGUACCUCGGACAUAUUUCUCCAUACUAAACUUCUUUUAUUUUCACCUUCUGUAAAUUAAUCCAGUCGUUGUAUUAACCAUCGGAUGUUUUUUUAAAGGAUGUUGCUGUAGUUUUGAGAGAUGUCUUAGAAGGUUUGAAUGCACUCCAUACAAAUGACAUUUGCCAUGGCUGUGUUCACCUUCAAAGUGUGUUGGUCGAGAAAGUGGAUGGACAGUUUAGAGGACGACUCGAUUUCUAUCCUUUUAUCAACACUGUGAGUUUUUGUCGCCGGUUACUUUUAUUCUUUUUAUUUAAAGCCUUAUUCACACUAAUUCGUUUCUAACGGUGUCCAGUGUUGUGAAGGUAUCAUAUUUAGAGUUUAACUUCAAGAUAUGAUAGGACGGCUACCUACGCGGUUUCUCGUUCGGAAUGAAAGACUUGACAUGUGGAAAUUUUUUUUAAAUGUUCUCUGUAUUGUGAAGGUAUUUCUCGUGCUAUCUAUAUGGAAUGGUUGCAGGAAUUCAUUGCAGGCAAUAGCAAUCUCAACUAAGUUGAUAACUUAUGUGAGUAGUUUUCGAAAUCAGUGACAGGCAACGAUUUGAUCUUUUUUCAGCAAUGCAAUAAAGCUCGGGAAAUGAAGUUUUUUGGUGAUUUGAUGGUGAAGGUACGUAACCGUUAUUGA